UGUGACUCAUUUAUGACCAGGAAUGAAAAGUGCGGUUGAACUUAAUAUUCAGCAUACAGAUAGGCUAAAAGGGGAGCAAUCAUCUUAACCAACGGCUAUAAUUUUUCACGGCUCGUGUUUCAGGUUUAUGUGAAUCAUCCAUCAAGCUAUUUUUCAAGAUGAAUGAAGCAGAAAAUACACCCACAUGUCAAGGAUACUCAAGAUGUUUUCUAAGUUUUUUACCUGUGGACUUCACAAGAGAAAUAGUAAACUUGUGCUAUAUAGCUCUUCCCGUGUUUUUGUCUUAUCUUUUCGACUAUUUAAUCAUUCUUGUAAGCACUGUGUUUUGUGGACACUUGGGAAAGAUAGAGCUUGAUGGUGUGACGCUUGCCAUAGCUGCUAUCAGUGUUAUGGGUAUUGGUAUUGGCUAUGGCUUGUCUGCAGCAUGCGACACGCUUAUUUCUCAGGCUUAUGGAGCUGGUAACUUUCAUCAAGUUGGUGUUAUAACUCAGAGAGCAAUUUUAAUUCUGUUACUCGCAUGUUUUCCAUGCUGCGCCUUUCUUAUCAAUACAGAGUCAAUAUUGCUGGUUGUGGGACAAAGCCCAGAGGUUGCCAGAGUAUCUCAGCAGUAUGUGAACAUUUUUUUGCCAGGUCUUCCGGCUGCAUUUAUGUUCAUUAUUGAAGCGAAAUAUCUACAGAAUCAGGGAAUAAUUUGGCCUCUGGUCAUAACUGGAAUACUGGCAAAUGUCCUAAAUGUUUUAAUCAACUAUAUCCUCCUCUUUGUUCUGGACAUGGGUGUUCCAGGAUCAGCAGCUGCUAAUACCAUCUCUCAGUACAGUUUGGCGAUCAUAUUGUUAAGCAUCCGAUGCAAAGAUCUUCAUAAGGACACUUGGGCUGGUUGGUCGAUAGACAGUUUGCAGGAGUGGGGCUCAUUCAUUCAUCUGGCCAUUCCAAGUAUGCUCAUGUUGUGUGCAGAGUGGUGGACGUACGAGAUUGGAGGGCUGUUGUCAGGUCUGAUAAGUGAAGUGGAGCUUGGAGCUCAGUCAGUUCUGUAUGGACUGGCAAAUAUUGCUUACAUGUUCCCUAUAGGUUUCAGUGUGGCUGGCAGUGUGAGAGUGGGGAAUGCCGUGGGAGCAGGAGAUGUUGCUCAAGCCAAGCUCUCUGCUAGACUCUCUAUAAUUUGUGCAGUUUCUGUUGCAGUGGUUUUGGCAACUGUCGUUGGUUCCUCAAAGAAUGUAAUUGCUUAUAUCUUCACAAAUGACAAAGACAUCAGAGCAAGGGUUGCCACGGUAAUGGUUUUAUACGCUCCUUUCCAUCUACUUGAUGCCACAGCGGCAGCAGGUGGCAGUAUAGUGAAAGGCCUGGGAAAACAGAAAAUGGGGGCAAUCUGCAACCUUGUAGGAUAUUAUGGUGUUGGCUGUCCAAUUGGAAUAUCCUUGAUGUUUGCUGCUAAAAUGGGAAUUUUUGGUCUGUGGACUGGCCUGUUGAUUUCAGUCUUCCUUCAGUCAGUGUUCCUUAUUGUCCUUCUUUUCAAACUGAACUGGAAAAAAGUAACUGAAGAGGCACAGAUCAGGGCUGGUGUACUGCCAAGAAGGACGGAUGAUGGUGCACAAGAGGAUGGCAGACAUAUUGAGGACUGUGCUGUGAAUAAUGCUACCGAUGUGGAUGGGCUACUGGAUGAUCAGACCGAUGUGAUAGUCGCUACAGUGAGGACGCAGCUGCCACUGAGGGUGUUAGUGCUGCGCCGUGGCCUGGCUCUGGUAGCUAUGCUUUUGCUCCUCGCUGCUGGAUUCACUGUUAAAUUCUUUCUUAACAGAUGACAGCCUAAUAACAGUCGAAGGACUGGUAUUGGGGAAAUGUCUUAAAGCAGACAGACAGACAGUCCACCCACAUUAUGGAUGGUAGGGCGCCACCCAAAAAGGUGCGCACCUGUGCAACAUGUCCACUUUGUAUCUGAAAAGCAGGUACAAAGCGGGGCACCUUUCCGGGAUUUCAGAUGGUGUCCAUGCAUUGUUUACAAGUACCAGUGCAUUAUUUUAUUUUUACAUCACAUGGGGUGAAUCAUUUUGUACUUGCUCAUAUUGUGUUAAUGUUUAUAUUUAUUUCUAUAAAUAUAUUUUAUUAAUCUGACUCUGUGAAACAAAAACAACCUGUACAAUCUCAAGUCCUACAAUAACGCUAUUACCACUUGCUCUCGCAUCUUUAUCAUUAAAUUAAUUUAUGUUUAAAAGAGCAAAUGUGUUGCAGCAAACACAAAUGUGAAGAAUGGAAAGAUGUGGAAAAAUAUACUUUAUGCACGCUUAUGCAAAAAUAUACACACACAUUGGUUGUCAUUAAAGUCAACAUGCGAGGCGAGAGAGCGAGACAAUAAUUCCUUUCCUCUAGCAGCCUGUCACUCACAUGGGAUUGCAGCAAUUAGUAAACAGCAGUGAUCCAAUUAAUUAUCAAUAGACAAAAUCAAGCCCCGUACCAAAUGUACCUCAUUCGAAAAGUCAUUUCACUAUAUGCCACAAUAAAGAAUCAAAAUUUCAGUUUUAUGCUAACUAUAAUUGCUGAGACCAUACCACAUUGCUAAGAUUUUUACAUAGACUUUGUUCGAUCAACACACAAGGAUCAAGGGAUGAGAAUUUUGUUAGAAAACGUAUUUUUCGUUUUCAUUUGACCUGGCUCUAAAUAUAGCUCUGAUGAAAAACCAGUGUUCGAUUUUGCUGUAUUUGUCGCCAAUUUAUUAGAUCUCUCUUAUCCAUAAAAUAAGUAAGCAUGACCAGAGUUCUUGUGAGAAGAAUUUAUUGAAGGUAGUACUGUAGUUCUUCAGUAGCGAUGUUAACAUGUCAAUCAAAGAAUCUAAACCCUUCUAAGAAUCUUAACUUCUCCCAAAGUUCUGUCUGUGGGACAGGACUUUAUACCUGAAGACAAAAGGGCUACUAACAAUAAAUACUGUUAGGACUUCUGACUGAAGAUGCAAUCUACAAUAAAUUCCUGAGGAAUGCUGUUCUUUGGUUAUUCUAACUGUAUGAACCACUUGGUUCACACCUUUACAGACACAGUUUCAGUGAAAUUGCAUCUGAGACACAGUCACAAUGUAAAUGACUAAAGAUCUGACUAAAGAUCACUGAAAUACAUGAAAACUGCUCUGAAUCAAAUGUGCAGUUUUACAGCGGUUUUAAAUUACAGACUAAGUUAAUUAUAGAUUAUCUUUUUACAAAAAACAAUUUUAAAGAUGGGGUGAGUACUAAAGACCGCCCACAACAGGGCAUAAAUAAUGUGCUUAACCAGCAAUAUUAUUAUAAUAUGUUAAUCCUGAUGCAACAAACACAAUGACAGGAAAGCUCUGGAUGGACAUAUCAGCAUGGAUAUAUUUGAAUAUGUGUAAGCUUAGACAAGAGGCAACAUUUGGAUCCAGAAAAUUAAAGAUAAAAGUAGAUUAAAAAUAGUAUAUAUAAAUGGGCCAUCCUGUUUAUGUGCACACAAAGGCACUUUAAUUUAAGAUAUAUAGUCAUAUGUCAAUAGAAGAAAGCUUACAAUCUUGAUUGAUAGCCUUAAUAGAAAAUAAAAAGAUAUAAAGUAUAAUGGAUGUAUAAUGGAUGUCCAACCAUAGAUGACCUUAACCAGAUGGAGCUAGUACAUUUGAUGGUUCACCAGUUGUCUGUGGAUAUUUACUGUAACCUUUAAAAACUCAUAUGUAUGAAAGCUUGUUUCCGCCACUAAAUAAAAAAAAAAUUAAAUAAAAA